AUGAGAGAAGAGGAACCGUGGGCUCUCUUUACAACUACCGUAGUGAGCCACUUGCCAAUGUUACCAACAGUGUAUCUCUUCUUCAGAAGACGAUAUGUGUACGAGGCAUGCAUAGCUGUUUUUGGUCUUACAUCUUCUCUUAUGUAUCACACAUGUCAAUCUUUUGACACGGAGAUAUUCUUAGAUGAGCUUGGGUGGCAUCGCCUAGAUAAUAUUGCUGUUAUCACAGGAGUAGGUAUGUGGUUGAUCUUUAUUUGUUGCUUUAAGGAUCCGAUGGUGGAGCGCAUUGCGAAAUACUUUACACUGCUAUUUACUAUAGUUGUGCAGGCUAAGGAUCCGUGGAAUAUUCAAUAUACAUACUUACCGAUUAUUGUUUAUACGUGUGUGCCGUUUUACGUGUGUGUUAUCAAAAAACGACCACCGGUGGUAGAGCGUAAAUACUUACUCAUAGGUACUUUCUUCAUGCUGAUAGCCUUACCGUUCUUCGUUGCAGGACUUAAUGAUGCGGAGGACCCCUAUCGAAUCUUCCACGGCCUGUGGCACCUUAUCGGUGCGAUAUCGUCGUACUUUUUAUGGAUUAUGGUGAAAUACCCCGGUGCGACUGGAGUGCUCUCUAAAGGAGCCCUUAUAUCUAUAAGGGGAGACUCACUUCUGUAA